AUGCAUGGCCACAACGACUUUCCAUACUUUAUUCGGGCCCUUUACAACAAUGAUAUAUAUCACAAGAACUUCUCCAAUGGCAUAGAGCUCCCAGGCCAGGUGGACUUCCCACGCUUACGAAAGGGUGGGCUGCGAGGCCAGUUCUGGAGUGCGUACGUGCAGUGCCCCAGAAAUUCCCACAACUUUUCAGACGAAACCUACCAAGAGACUGUUCACGACACCUUCCAGCAAAUAGACCUGGUUCACCGCCUCGCAAAAGAAUUCCCACAACACCUACGUAUCGUCUCCUCCGCGAAUGACGUAUGGACCAAUUUUGCCAAUUCCGACACCAUAUCCAGCUUCAUUGGCGUUGAAGGCCUGCACCAAAUUGGUAACAGUGCCAGCAUUCUGCGCAUGUAUCACCGUCUGGGCGUACGCUAUGUAACCCUCACCCACAGCUGCCACAACAAAUAUGCCGACAGCGCAACACCGGAAAAACCACUCCACAACGGCCUGUCGCCUGCGGGAGAAGCCAUGGUUCGCGAGAUGAACCGGCUAGGCAUGAUCGUGGACCUGGCGCAUGUGAGCAAUAAUACCAUGCGCGAUGCGUUGAGGGUUUCUUCCGCGCCGGUCAUUUUCUCACACUCAUCAAUAUAUGCGCGAUGCGCGCAUCCACGGAAUGUGCCCAAUGAUGUUCUCUUGGAGCUGAAGAAGAAUGGUGGUGUGAUUAUGAUUACGUUUUUCCCGGCGUAUACGCGCUGUGAUGGUAAGGGGACGGCGUCGCUGUCGGACGUUGCGGACCAUGUUCAGUACGCGGGGGAAUUGAUCGGGUACGAACAUAUUGGGCUUGGAGCAGAUUUUGAUGGAAUGCCCGAUGCAGUGAAAGGACUAGAAGACGUUUCGAAGUAUCCCGAUCUUAUUGCAGAGCUGCUGCGGCGCGGGGUGUCUGAGAAGGAUCUGCAAGGGGUUGUGGGAGCGAAUGUCCUAAGGGUGUUGAAGGAGGUUGAGCUGGAAGCUGAGCGGCUAAAGGAUGUUAAGCCUUUGCAGGAUGAAGUCAAGAAGCUGAAUUAA